CUCCGCCUUGCUUUACGUGAUACCCGAAAGAGGAAGAGCCGUCACGAAGUUUGUAAACACUGCGCCGUUUUUUUAUGAUUUAAUGGGUAUACAUAUAGUUCAGGAUGGGAGAAAAAAUCAAAUUGUUUAAAAUCCGGAGGCACCAUGACCGACAGAAAUAUGGAAUUGCAGCCCACAGCACAAAAGAAUUGCUUAAAAAAUGCCGUGCGACCUUUCAGGUCCCCCUGGAUGGGUGUCGUGUCUGUCUGUAUGAAGAUGGAACAGAAGUGACUGAAGAUUACUUCCAGAGGCUCCCAAACAACACUGAACUUGUUUUACUUCCGAAGGGGCAAUCUUGGCAUGGUUAUGUCUCUGACAUUGAAAGUUUGCUGAGCAUGUCUGAUGAACAUUCUAGAUCACUCAUUGAAGCUGCCCAAAAUCUUUUGGUCGCUGAAAAGGCACCCAAAAGACGUCGACUUCUGCAAGACUUCAUAGCCAAUCUUAGUGAGAACACUGAUGCUGAAUGCAGAGAAGAUGAUGAGGCUUGGUUUGAAGGCAUUGAUUCCAGAUUUAAGACCAAAUCAGCAUACCUUAAAUACAGCUGUGAGAGCAGGAUCCGUGGCUAUCAGAAGGAGGUGGAAGAUUCUGUUUCAAAAUUAAACACACAGAAGCUUCAAACCGAGUACAGAAAGGUGGUGGAUGUCAUGAUAAACCAGUUAAAGCAAGCAAAGUAUAAUGGAUGUUAUUUUGACAGACAAGGAAAGGAAUGCAAUCAUCUCUGCACUCAAGAAGGCUGGUUUUCCUGUCAGGGAGCAUUUGAUACAGACAAGUGCUUAUCACUGCAUUCUAUCAAUCCUUAUGGGAAUCGAGAAAGUAGAAUCCUCUUUAGUACUUGGAACCUUGACCACAGGAUUGAAAAAAAACGAGCCAUCAUUCCGGCAUUGAUAGAAGCUGUGAAGAAUCGUAAUGGUAGAGAAGUUAACUGCAACUAUUUUUACAGACUCCUAUUCACCAUAGACAAUCUCAAGUUGGUUCACAUCGCCUGUCACAAGAAAACAAUCCACAAUCUGACUUGUGAUGCAAAGAGAAUGUAUGUUAAAAUUAAAAGCAAGGGAAAAAAACAGAGUACUAAGACAUAGAGGUAUAAUUUCUUUAUUUGAAAAAUAACGCCAAAUGCAGCAGUAAAUGAAGAAUUUUCCAAAAAUGUAUUGUUUCUUUAUGCAAAUGAAGGUAUAUUACUUGCAACAGUGUUAAUUUUGAAAUACUGAUUUUUAUUAAAAUAUUUUGUUCA